AUGAAAAAGACCAACCCAAGAGACAAGGAAUGGGCAGCCAUCCAAAUUUUGGAAGAGAGAGGUGGAAAAUACUUGAUCGAAUGGGCAGGGAUAGAUCCAUCCACCCAAAAAUCAUGGGCACCCACGUGGGAACCCAAAAAAUUGGCGAACAAAGCUUUGGCCAGGGAAUGGCAACAUAAGAAAAGACGACAAUCACAAGCUACUUUGCCCAACACCAAAGACAAGUCCAGCAUACCAGUCGAUUCCCCGAAUACAACCCUCCCUGGUGGAGACACCCAAACUGAAGGAAGCAACGAUCUUGCAGAGGUCAACAUACAUAUCAAAGCCUCCCAAGAAGACGAGCUAGAGGAUGAGCUUAUUCCCCUAGCAGAAUUUGUGCCAGCCCCAAUCACAACACCAGAGCAGUACACAACAAUAGUGGACGACCUACCCCUGCACGUAGUCCAAGCCGAUCCUAAUUUAAGAGGGCAACAAACUGCUAUGUUUAUUGUGGGGGACAACUGGGUGGAAAUCAGUGGCCUCGGAUUUAUUAUGGAUCCUCGACUAACCCACCCCAACUGCUCCCAAGAUAGGUUUGUCCUGAGCGGUGAAGCUUCCCCGAGAGACUGGCCAGAUCACCUGAAGCAAUUUUUCAGCUCCCAAGGAAUCACUUUCCUAUAA